AUGCAUAUUCGUGAUAAGUAUAUUGAUAGAUAAAAUUACAAAGACUCAGAUCAAAUAAGCAAGUAAGAUUAUGAGAUUAUCUCUUUUUAGUGAAGAAUAAUAUAAAAGAGCUAAUGAAUUUUUUUCUUAAUUUCCUAAAAUCGAUCUUUAGGCUGAAAAAGUAAGAUGUCCAAAAUGUAAUUUACUUCAUAAGGUUUAUUGUCUAAAAUGUGGAGAAUUGCUUGUGAAUAAAGAACUAAUACCAAAAGUUGAAUUACCUGUAAAUUUAUUAAUUCUACAUCAUAACAAAGAGAAGCAUUAAAAAAGUUCAGCUAUACCUGCUAAAUUUUUAAGUGAUUAAGUAGAAGUUAAGGAUUUUCCUAGUGAAUUCGAAUUUGAUGAAUAUACUUAUGUUCUCUAUCCUCAUUAAAAUGCUAAAUAUAUAAAAGAAUUAUCAUAGGAAGAGCUUCAAAACAUUAAAAAAUUUGUAGCAAUAGAUUGUACAUGGCAUUAAACAGGAGCAAUUUUAGAGAAAAUCUCAAAUAAAUAUCCUCAAUAAAAAUUCAUAAAAUUAGAGGAUUAUUAAACAUACUUUUGGAGAUAUUAGCAUCAUAGCUUGAAAUGUUUAGCUACAAUAGAAGCAAUAUAUUAUUGUUAUUAAGAAUAUAGUAAGGCUAUGAACAUAAAUUAAAAUUAUAAUAAUUUGUUAUUCUUUUAUAAAUACACAUUUUAAUAAAUUACUGACUCUGUAUAAUAAGAAGUUGGUAAUUCAAAUAUCUAUUAAAAGAUUGAAUAAAAAAAAUAAAGAAUUUUAUAAUCUAAAUAAGAUGCAAAAAAAGAAAAGUUAUUUAAGAAAUUGUGA